AUGGGGAAAGGCGACACUGAUUUGUCUGAUCCGUUUUGUGGGCCAAGUGAAAACGGUCUGCCGUCGGGCCGGCAACGAGUGCCCUUCGCGCUGACCGGCCGCAGUCAGUCCAAAUCGUCGGCGCUCGGCUCGACCGAGCCGGAGAAUCCGUCCAGUCCGUUGCAUCAGUCCUUCUCGAGUCUGCUCGGCCUGUCGCCGACGCCCAGUCAACUCGGGCCCCAGUUACCGCUUGUCUCCGGCGCGUCGACGCGCGCCCCCCUCGCCCACCAGCACCGACUGCCCAGCCAAUUCGGUACCGCCGACCACGGCCAGUCGGCCUGCCGACUGCCACACAGCCCCUCGCAACCCGUCGAGCUCGACUCGGCCGCGGCUCGAAUCGCCGCGGCCGCCGCCGUCUCCGCCGUCCUCGGCUCGACGCCCGGACUCAUGUUGCUCAACGGCAUGUUCUUCACGCCCGCCUCGCUCGGUCACUCCUCACACCCUCAAACCGGACUCGCCGGACUCGCCGGACUCGCCGGAUUCUCCGGGCCGCCCGGCCGACCACCCCUCGUCUCGCCGCAGCCCUACUUCUACUGCCCGACCGGUCCGGUCGGGCAAAACGCUCCGAGUUUUGCCUAUUCCGCGGCCAUGGCAACUGCCGCUGCCGCUGUUCCCAGCGUCGGGCGGGACUCGAUCCCAAGACUGGGACUGGCGUCGGCCGGCAUCGCGAGCAGCAUGACGACGCUGGGCAGUGCGAGCGGAGCGGGUGGAGGCGGUGGACACGGCGGUCCCGUCGGCAACGGAGCUGCAUGUGGCGCGGCGAGCAGCGAAGAGGGCGGCAGUCUGACCUACGGCCUCCUCGGGCCUCGCUACCCACAGGGCAGCCUGUCUCUCUGCUGCUCCAACGGAAAG